ACUGCAUGUCGAAUGUAAAUAUUAGCUACUUUAUCGGGCAGGAAGAAACAUGGCUUCGAUAGGACGAGCGCCACCGAUGUUUCCAAGGACGAAUCCCCGGUAUUUUUGCUUCGCAUGCUGGUGCAAGAAGACUGGAUGUCUAUACUAUGCCACUGGAGCUCGUGGCCAUUAUCGUCAAAUCAUAUCCAGGUAGUGUCAAGUACGAGACGACCAUCCGAUGCGAGAUUCCAAUCACUGUAAGGCGUAGGCCAGACGAAUGUGCCAGUCUUCGAGCAUUCGACCAGCUGCCUUCACCUGCGAAGCGAUUUCUGCACAAGGCGUCGUAUGAGCACCUCCGUGCACCCUGGACCAAUGUGGAGGUGCGCAUGGUGCCAGAGAUACCCCUCGACGUGAACUUUGGCUCAACCCAUGUCAACCGUCGAGGAGAGCUUGCAUCUGAUUCCGAGGAUGGAAGCCCAAUGAAGAGUCCCAAAGCGAUAGACGUCACACUGCCACCAUUGAAGUCGCCGCUAUUCAACAGGAGCCCACCCACUUCUGCCUCAAGGUCGACUCCGCACUCUGAGAGAUUUGUGAUAUCUCCAAUUGGGCACGAUGAACAUGGUGGCAGACGGUCAGAGUCUAUAGACUCUUGGCUGGGAUCAGAAGUGAGGCUUCCCAUCCGGAGCCGUGGCUCACGGUCACUCUUCGCAGCUACAUCCCCAUAUGGCCGAGCGAAGCAUUCGAGGCAGCACCAUGGGCGUGAAGAGCCUACCGCUGGAAGUGCAGACACUCGAGUCACGUCACCACAGAAGAGGCAGGCGGCUGCAUGCGUGGAUCAUGUUCUGGCGAAGAAGUCUAGCGCAUUAGCUGGAGCGGAUGAGAAUCGCUUGACUCAGUCGCGCGAGGAAUCGAUAGAUGAUAGUAGUAA